AUGCGCUGGGUGCAGAGCAAGCAGAGCAAGCAGAGCAAGCAGAGAAGUGGUAAAGGCUGGGAUUUCCGGCAGACAGUGGGGUUUGUGCGGAAUAGCUACAAUGGAGGAGAUUGGGAUUGCGCAAGCAAUGAGAUUUUGGGAUACCUGCAGAAGAGCCGUGCAGUUAGGGUCAAUGGCUUCUACGAAGAUGUGAGCAACGUGCCGAGAGAGUUUGUAGAGCUUUUGUGCAAGGGCUCAACAACAUUGACACACCAUGUCCGGAGAGAGCUUACCAUCUACGGUUUCGUGCUUCCUAUUUACAGUGGUACAGAGGGAGAGUUCCAACAGUUGGAUUGGAGGAGUGAGGGCACAGAAUACCGAGCGGCAAACCCUUUGCUUGCCUCGUAUUACUUCCACAAUUUGAAGAAGAGGCACAGUUUGCAAGUUCAAUUUGAGUGCGGCAAACCCCAACACUGUGCAGACCUAUUGAUGCGCGCAUUGCCCUACCUGCUCUUCUCCCAGGUUGUGAGCUUCGAAGGAAACACAUCUGAGUUGGCGAAGGAUGGUCUUCCGGGUGAGGAGCAGUACAACCAGGCAAUUUGCACGGUCUUGAAAGAUAUGGGAUUUCAGCCCGUUUCCACAAAGCGAUCUCGGAAGGGUGAAGGAAAUCCAGACAUUGCACUUGAAAUUGGUGGGGAGCGUUUUGUUUUGGAGGGCGUGAAACUGAAUGGAAACAUCACCGAGCACCUUCAGCGCUUCGAUAGCAAGACCAACUACAAGAACGCCAAACACAAGGCUCUUUACAUCAUCGGCAAUGACAGUGAAAGGAUGCUCGACAAGGUGAAGAAGACUACAGCUGAUGAUGUUCAAGUCAUAGGCUUAGUCCCCAACAUCGCCCACACCGGAUACACCGUCCACGUGAAGAGCAAGGGCAUCAAAAGCACCAACAAGUUCACAGUGGACUGUGACCUGGUGGCGCGACGGUUGGUGCUCAAAGACGAUGGCAAGCCUGAGCUCCACAGUGUGCAGUCGCUGAAGAGCAUCAACCUGCCUCCAAAAGCUGAGACCAGUCAGCCUGCGAAGACAGAGAUGGUCUGGGUGCGAGAGUUGAAGGAGGAGAACGGCGAGUACAAGCUGGUGGGCGACGCCCUGCCAAUCGAGCCUAUGCCGGUGAACAUCGGCUUCCUGAAGAACGUCAUCAAGGAGGAGAAGCCAAAUCGUGUCCAAUGCGAUGCUGAUGAGACGCGGAUUUUCCACCUCACCGAAGGCACGUGGCAGGAGGAGGAGAAGAUGAGAGCUGCAUUGCGCCCUUCCACGGAAGAGACGCCUUACGGCUACCUCGUACCAUAGCAAUAUGGUUUCUUGCACUUUGCACUUCAAGUUUCAAGUUUCACUCAGAACAGCGCGUUUCGAUACACAUUCGCAGGGGUGGUUGGCAGACGAUGCUUUUGCUUGAGCAUGAGCAUGGCAAGAGCAGAACAAUUGAUGUUGUAAGACCAGUCCAACCCCACUCGGAUUGAAGCAGUCAAGUUUCACCCAGCA